AUGACGGACAUUCUGUGCGAUUGGCUGAACAGGGAAGUGAAGCUCUCGCGGGCCGUGGAUCCAGAGUCUUUCGCCAGAGAAUUUUCUUCAGGGUACCUCAUUGGAGAACUUCUGAACAAAUAUGAACUUCAGGAUGACUUUGACCAGUUUUCACAAAGCAGACUUUCUAAUGCAAAACUUAACAACUUUUCUCGCAUGGAGCCCACGCUUCAGCUUCUGGGUGUGCAGUUUGACCAAAACAUAGCCCGAAACAUCAUGACAGAGCAGCGUGGAGCUGCCACCAAACUCAUAUACCAAUUGUAUGUGGCUCUAGAGAAAAAGAAAAAAGCAGGACUCACUGGAGUUGCUAUGGAUGCAAUGAGACCCUCUGCUCAUGCAAAGCUGAAAAAUGUGGGAACUGAGAUAUAUCGAGAGCGCCUUAAAGCCCUUGUGCCACGUCAGGCAGACCUGUCUCUCCAGCAGAUUUCAGACAACUUUCAAAAUAAAGCCAAGAAUAUGGAAAAUAAGAUGGCUAGUAUGCAGUUUGUGAAGCAACAGCAAGAGAAGAAACUCCAGGAGGAAAAAAAAGUUCAAGAAAUGGAAAAGAAAAUUGUAGAAAAGCGAAGGCAAAAUGAAAUAAUGGCUAAGAUUCAAGCAGCAAUUAUCCACAUUCCAAAACCAAUGCCACAGCAUACUGUCAAAGCGAUUGAAGACCAGAAAUUGCUGAAAAAGAGAAGGGAAGCAGAGAACACAUACUCAGAAAUUCAAGAAUUUGAAAAGCAGAUGAAGAAAGAGACUAUUAUGCCUGCUAAGCUCACUGAAAGCAUGAUCCAGGUGGCCAUACAAGCUAAAACCCCAACUGUCACUGAGCUUCUAAAUACCUACUCAGAUGAUGAAUAUAUCAGGAAAAUCCAGAAACGGCUUGAGGAAGACACCUUUGCUCGUGAGCAGCGGGAGAAAAGACGACGGAAGAUGCUAAGAGAACAAUUAAUAGCCCAUGAAGCACAUGAAGAGGCAUAUAGGGAAGAGCAGCUCAUCAAUCAGCUGAUGAGACAGUCCCAGCAGGAGCGUAGGAUUGCUGUACAACUUAUGCAUGUUCGGCAUGAGAAAGAAGUACUGUGGCAGAACAGAAUUUACAGAGAAAAACAGUUUGAGGAAAGACGCUUGAAAGAAUUCCAAGAAGCUCUUGACAGAGAGGCGGCUCUUGCAGAACAAGAGAAAAUUGAGCUUGAGGAACAGGCCCUUAAAGAAAAACAAAUGCAUGAAAGACUUGCUGCUGAAAGAGCCACCGCUCGCUAUAAGAAGCAUUAUGCAAUUUGUUGGGAAGUAGUUGAACAGAUCAUUGACUUAGUGACCAAAAUCGGAGAAUAUCGAACACUGACAAACAACUUAAUCCCAGUAAAGUUGAUGCGUGACUGGAAGGAGCUAUUCUUAAAAGGGAAACCAAUUUAUGAGCAAGCUGAAAUUGAUCCUUUGCCAACAGAACCGACUCCAGAACAAUUAAUAGAACUGGACAAAAUGAACUUACUAGAUGAAAAAGAUUAUGAUGAAUACAAGAGUAUGACUGAAGAAUGGUACCCACCUGAAGAGAUCAGAGCAAAUAAACCUCCACCUGAUAACCCCAUACUGGGUCAUGUGAUUCACAGGCUGAUGGAAAUUAUCUAUCCCCCAGAGCCAGAACCACCUCCACCUGUAUUUUCUCCAUUCCCUAUCAAAGGAUGUAUUUUGGGCAAGCUCUAUAGUGGAAAAACCACAAGCUUAAAAUUUUUGGAGAAAGCUUGCAAUAUCCAGGUGCUAUCUGUUGACACACUGAUUGCAGAGGCCAUAAAAGCUUUCCAUGAGAAUGAAAUGGGGAGUGAGACCAGUCUGGAUACAGCCAAAGUGGAAGAGCGUGCCUUGGAUCAAAUCCAUCUGUCUAUUCGAGCGCAGCUUGGUGCAGCAGCAGAGAUACUGUUAAAGAAAGGAAAAAGCAUUCCAGAUGAAUUACUGAUUGGUAUCAUGGUGGAAGGUAUUAGCCAAUUACCACCAGAAAAGGGCUGGAUCAUGGAUGGAUUCCCAAUGACACUGAAUCAGGCAAAACUGCUUGAAAAGGCACUGACAGGAAAAGAUCCAGAUCAGACGGAAACAAAAGCUAAAAUCUUGAAAAAACUCGUCUUGGUUGCAAAUCCCACUGUUCCAAAAGAGCCGUCUCUGCACCCACCUGGUCUUGACUUUGCUAUUUUGUUAGAGGUUUCGGACUUCACUGUGCUGAACCGGGUGGCAACAGCUGAUGCCUAUCAAAGUGGGCAAGAAAGAGGCGAUCAAACUUCAGAUGCAGAAGUCCAACGGAGAGAAAGAGUACAUUCGGUGAGGGGCCAGAUGCAGCACAGAAUUGUAGGUUUUCUGGACACGUGGCCUGAACUGGAAACUUGGUUUUCUGAGCAGCAAAAAAUACUAAUAAAAGUUAAUGCAGAGAUGGAAAAAGAUCUUUUGUGUCAAAGAAUGAAAGAGAUUUUAAUGGAAGAAAUCAUUAAAGCCCAAAAUAAAAGAGAAGAAAAGGAAAAACAAGAAGCUAUGAUACUGGAACAGAUGAUUGUCUCUUUGCCACAAGAAGAGGCACCUGCUGUGAAGUUGGAAAAGCUGGAGGAACUGCCUCCUUCUUCCUCUGUAGAACUACAGGAGCUACCUCUGCCUGCAGUGGAUGUCAAAGCGUCUAAAGGUACUCCACGAGCAAAAGAAAAGGGAAAAUCUGGGACCCCUUCUCCUGAGAUUAUAGUGGCUCCUGCUCCUGUAGAACCACCUCCAGUUAAACCAGGAUCAAGUGAAUGGGUUUAUGUUGAUGAACCACUUCCCCAGGAAGUGCCUGAAUUUUUAGUCCCUUAUUGGGAAACAGUGGAAAAAACUUAUGUGAAUAACAUCAAAGCUACACUUCGGUGCCUUAGAGCUGAACAGCAUGUGAUCAUUCAUUACCUGUCACACAUAAGAAACCAUUUCAAGGAAUACUUGAAACGCCCAGACCACAAGCAAGAAUUUGUGGCUCAGUGGCAAGCUGAUUAUAAUGCAGUGGCCGAUGACCUCUGGGAUGAUGAUGAAACAAAAGAAGAAAUGCACCAAAGAGUAACAGACCUAAGAGAUCGUCUGUGGGACAUCUGCGAAAACAGGAGGGAUGAAGCUGAGCAAGAACGUUGUGACAUCAUGAGUGAUGGCUGGUUGCCAGACAGGAUGGGGCUUAUGAUGAACCAUAUUUUUUCACUUAUGCAGAAUGAAAUGGAUCGUUUCCAAGAUACAAAGAGGCUUCUGCAUGACUAUUAUAGAGGAAUGGAAGGCAAAAUUCCAACAGAGACCAGCACUGAGUUUACCAGGAUACCCUUGAUUGAACUAGUUGAAAGAGAACAGGCUGAUUUUCAGUGUAAACUGAGAAUUCCUAUGAUUGCUCACAGAUCUCCUUCUCCGGAAGUCAACAGGGAAAAGAUCAAAGCAAUUCCAGUUAAUGUCAAGGAUGAUCUGUUUUCUGAAAGUAUAAUAUUUAAUUUUGGCCCAGAUGAGAAACUGAUUGUAGAAUCAUGGCACAACAUUGUAACAGCAAUAUCUAAUAUGAUAAGACUUGAGUAUGUGACCAACCUACCCCUGCUUAAUGGCAGCCAGCCAGGUUCCUCUUCUCCCUCAGUGAUUGAAGCGACACCAAUACCUCUCUCCCCAGAAGAAUUGAAGAAGCAAGAACUGAAAUUUAGGAUGAAGCAGGAAUAUUUUGCUGCUCUGGAGCAUGAAGCGGAAGCUGCAAAAUCUCGACUGGAGCUACUAAAAGUUAAAGCACUAGCCUUUGUUGAGGAUCUACAAUCAAAAGCAGAACUAACAUUUAGGAAGAUGGAAACAUGGCUUGGAGAGAGAUUCCUGGCUGAAAUGUCCAGUGUCGACAAAUUAACGGAAGUUGCCCGCAACCAUAUUGAAACUUCUACCAGAAUCCAGUAUGAACUUGUUCUAGAAGGAAUAGAUUUUUACAUUAAUGGUGAUAUCAAAGUAUUUCCAGAUCCUCUUCUUCCACCUCGUCCUCCAUCCGUAGAGAUGGCUACAGAUAGUACACUAACUAUUUCACAGCUUAGCACUCUUCAUAAACAGUUUCUACAGGUGGCACCUAAAGGUUUAAUACCAAGCAAAACAUUCAUUGAUCUUCUUUAUGACUUGAUUACUUUGAAUCUUGGCUCAAACUUGCUUCCUGAUUCCUGGAUGCACCUCUCCAUUUAUGAUUUACAAAACCUGGCAUCCCUGCUAAUGGUGAAUACAGACAUUGUGGACUGGCGACGGUUCUUACUAGCGGCUUCCCAGCCUUGGCCGAUGCCCUCAGUGAUGGAGUUGCUUGAAACACUGCAGAGGUUCCAGGAUGCGGAUAGAAAUGGAUCUGGCUUUGUUACUCAGGAAGAAUAUGAGCAGGUUGGUCUGUGGUUUAAAGGAAGUGAAGAUUUGGUCAUUCCAGAAAGUCCUACAGAACCUUUACCAUUUAAUCGUCAAGAGCAUCUUAUAAGAUUUUUAUUCACUUUGUUUGCCGAUCCUGAAAAAGAUCCUCCACAGCUGAACUAUACUGAGAUGCUCCUCUAUUUUGCCUCACACCCUGAUUCUGUUGAUGGUGUCUAUCGGGCUCUUAGUGUUGCCACCAGAACAUAUAUCCACAGGAUGAAAGAGAAACACCCUCCUGUUCCUCAAGUGGAGGAAAAGGAAAGGGAAGAGGACACCCAGUCUUUCACCAAUGAAGGAGAUAUUUCUCUAGCUACACUACUCCGGGUGUUCCAGCAUGAAUCCAACAAAGCUGCUGACAACCAUAGAUUUAGUGGUUAUCUGACAGCCAAGGACAAUUACGAGCCUUUCAUUAAGGUAUAUAAGGAUCUUGGCUCUGAAGAAUUAGAACCCAUCAAAAUAGCACUUCUUCUGAAACAUCCCUUCAUUCAAGACUUGAUUAGCAGCUACCAGGAAUACAGACUUCAUGACUUUAAAGUGAUUUUGCAGAGAGCGGACCAAACUCAACCACUCAAUGGAGAUAAUGUCAUCUUAUAA